CAGUUUGAUGACUGAGGAAGAAGAGUGGCGCACACAAUGCACUGCACGGCUGACAAGGGUUGUGUCUUCCUGAUUUUCACGAUAAAUUUCCAAUUCCGUGGAAACUUGUGAAGGGGCAGCAGCGGAGCCGAUCCCUUUCUAUCCGUAUGUAUUUGGAUUUAGUAAGAAUAAGAAAUCUUUGAGAGGAAACGUCAGCGAGUGGUCCAACUAAUCCACAAACAUUGGAUUACACCACAGUGAAGGCUGCAUGAAGGAGCUGCCCAGCCCAACGGGGGCUUGGCCGACACCCUCGUUUAUGGAAAUCGACACCGAGGCUUUGAUAUUUGGGCCUUGAUUUUUUUUUCUUUAUGAUGGAGGUGGAACGAAAGAAGAUUUGUGUGUAAAGAAGCAUUAUUGUACGGGCGAUUGGUAGCAGAAAACCCCCGUCCUGCUUCCUUUAAAAUAAUUAUUGUUUGUGGCUAACAGCUGGAUCGGCUAACGCUAGCUAGCCAGAGUGCUAACGUUACGUCUUUCUUUUGAUGUGAAUUCAACCAUUACUAUCGGCCAUCAACACAUUUCGGCAGAAGAAACAUUUGUUCUCCCGUUUACGGUAUAUUAGUUAGCUCCACAGUAAACUGUCCGGCUUGUCAGUCUUUUCCAGACACGUUUUAAGAAUAUCGUUUUAUUCUUAGGUCGCUGGCUGAAUAUAUUGUAAUGUAUUGCCGUGUAUAUGCUACCCAAAUGCUAAUUAGCUGGAGUCAACACUGACCUAACGUUAGCUGCCAUUACUUUAACUCAAACAGCAUUUUACUCCUUUUCAGAUUGUGAGUAAUUUACAGUAGCUGUCAACAAUAAUAUUCAACAUUUCACAUUAAUACGAAAUAAUGUCACGGUCACCGGUGUGUUAAUGUCGGAUAUUUGGCUUAUUGGCCUUGCUAACGCUAACAAACUAGCUAUCAUUUGUGCUAACAUGCAAAUAAAUUUGUCAGCAGAAAAAUUAGGAAAUCCUAAACGCAAGAGUUGUAUUGAGUAAUGCCAACGUUAGUGUGAUUUUCAUUUUGAGAUUUACCUAGAGGCGAUUUGAGCUGCUUUGUCCGUAACACAACUAACGUUGGUCUUUUUUUGUUUACAUGCGUAUAACUUAAUGUCGGUUGAAUUUCUUGCUAGUUAGCUAAUGUUAGCCUUCUUAUCAGCUAUGUCCUGACAUUUGUGUGUGUCGUGGAUGUUUUUAAAUACCAAUGUGGAGCUAAGUUUGCGGUCAGAUUCAUUGAAAUGACACUAAAAUUUCGCCGAAAGAAAGGCACUGAUGCCGAUAGACUGUUGUCAAAGGACGGUAAAUAAUAGCCACUGGUUCCAUUAACGCCAUUUUAACAGGGGCUCCCUGCGAGGGCCUGUCUGUGUGGUGGUGUUUUUUUGCGGUUCGGUGCCUUCCACUGGACCUGGACUUGAAUAAAGUGCCUUUUGGUUCUCACUGGAGUUACAAAAGGAGGAUUGCAACAUGGAGGGCCCAAGCCGAAGCACUGGAUUCAGGCAAAGCCGACGGUCCCGUUCACAGCGCGACAGGGAGCGGCGGAGGAGGAGAGUGAACCUGGCCGAGGAGCGGGCCACAUCCCUGUCCUCAGGUUCUGAUCGGGAGGCUUGUGGGACGAACAGUGUACUGGGUCCCGGUGGGAGAGAAUGCCGACCCGGUUUUGGGAGACACAGGCCUCCACGCCGCAGGAAGAGAGAGUCUGUGUAUUGCGAGGAAGACAUCAUUGAUGGCUUCGCUAUUGCGAGCUUUGUCAGCUUGGAGGCACUGGAGAUGGACUGCUCCCUGAAGCCCAGUCAGCGCACCGACAUGCUGGGAAGGAUAAAGAAGGGGAAAAGAGGGCCAGAGGAGAAUGGUGGAGGGCCGCUGUCUGAGGAGGGAGCCCCGCACAGCUACUCUAGCAGCUGUUGGAACAAGAGCAGAAAUAAGAGGAGAAAGAUUGAGAACAAAGACAUCAUGAACAGAAAAGAAAACAAUAAAACUAAUAAAACAACAGGACGGGAAAAAAAGAAUAAUAAUAAAAAUAAACACAGGGGACACCCUUUGGAGACUGGCUACAUUUGCGACACUGAGAGUGAUACAGGAGAUAAGGCCUCCGACAACGACAUGGACCCAGUCUUCACAGUCAGUACGAGGAAAGUUGUGGACCCUGUCCCCUCAAACAUGGCCACAUCCAUGGGCAAAAUCUGCCCGCCUCUUCCGGCCCGUUGUGGUGGCAUCUCGCGGUUGAUGGUGACCCCGAGAGUAUCUGGCCUGGAGCGAAGUCAGGAGAAAAACUUGGAGCAGCAUUUCCCAGAGCCUGUUUCUUCUUCUAUCUCUUCUGCCCCCUUCUCUUGCCUAUCUUCCCCGAUCACAGCCUCGGGCACUGUCCCCCGGUCCAGCCCGUUCAACGGAAACGGCAGCCGCCACAACGGCAGCCCGCCACUCUCCAAACCCAAACCCUUCCUCACUUUGCCUGGACGAUCUCACCCCAUUUACAACAUCAACAGGAGCAACACCCCAGUCAAGCCUCCCUCAUCUGCUUCAUCUAUUGCCUCUUCCUCAUCCUCCAUGCGCCCCCCAACACCCUCCACCAGUGUGUCGGUGCCCUACAUCAGGGGCUCAGGACCCUCGGGACCUCUCCGACCCCCAUCCCGAGCCAGCGCUGGGGCUUUGUUUGCUUCCUCACCUGGUCUUCCUCCCCCUCCCCCUCUGCUACAAGGUCCUGGUCAUUCGACAGCAGCAGACCAAGAAUUACUGCGUCAAAACCUAAACUCCCACUUCUUGAAUUCACAAGAGCGCGAGGGCAGACGCAGCGUUCCAGGGGCUGAAAAUAAUGCAGCAGCUGCGGGCCGCUCCACUCCUGGUGGUCCAUCAGCAUCCAACUCCGGCACAGGUUCAUCAGGCCGAACGUCUCAGAACCAGCCGAGCAUCCCGCCUCUGGCCUUCCAGUUCCAUCAGCACAACCACCAGCACCAACACACGCACACGCACCACUUCACGCCCUUCCUGCACCCCACAGCCACGGCACCUCCUCUGUUUGAUAAGUAUGCAGGCAAGAUGGACGGGCUGUACCGACACCCUUUCUUCCCACAAUACCCGCCGGCCUCAGUGCCGAGUAUCCAACCUGUGGUUCCUCCCACUGGGCCGUUCAGCUCCUUGCAAGGAGCAUUUCAGCCAAAGGGUGCGGGUCCUGAUAUAUCCGCACGACUUGGGGUUGUGCCUCACCACCUGCAGCCCAAAGACCCCAGGAAACCAGGAAAGUGGUGUGCUAUGCAUGUAUAUGUGGCCUGGAUGAUUCUAAGCCAUCAGAAAAAAGUGAAGCUGAUGCAGGCUGAUCCUCACAAGUUGGACUUCCGUAGUGACCUGUUGACCCGUCUUCCUGGAGCUGGAGGAAUGGGCCCCCUGGGGCCGAUGGGAGGAGCCUUGCCUCCCACUCAUGAUCUGACCAGACCUCCCAGUUUGUUCUCAGCUGCAGGGGCAGUCAAUCCGUCCUCUGCUCCUUUCAUCUCUCCAUCAACGCCCCACUCAUCUUUCCUCCCACCAACUGCACACUUGGAUCCGUAUGGCCGAUCCCCACCCUUCACCCCACUGGGAGCCCUUGGUUCUGGUGCCUUUGGAGGACUUGGCAGCCCAACACUGGCAGGAUCUGUGUUUGGCCCUAAAGAUUCUCCAGCUAAUGUGGUCGGAGAUUUGUCCACCCCCAACCAUCACGACCCAUGGAACCGUCUACAAGACGGCCCAUCUGGGUUUGCACCUGGUCCCAGUUGGCCUAAAGGGCCAGACAAGCGGGACGAGAGGGAUCGCGCGAAAGACGUGGAGAGGAGAGACAGCCCCCACAUCAAGGAUGAAAAGGACAGAGACAAUAUGCUGUAUGGCCGACAACCUGUGAGAAUGUCUCCAGUUGCCCCUCCCUUCAAGCCCCCCAGUAGCACCCCAGUCUCCCACAUUAAUGGCCACAGCAGUGCCCUUGUGGGCAGCACUGGGCCCAUUGAGGAUUUGACACGCAGCGUAAGUAGAGACAGAGACCGCGAGCGAGACAGAGAUGGGGACAAGAGGCCGCAGCCAACAGUGUCUUCACGGGGACCUCCUUCAUCUUCAGUAGCAGACAGAGACAGACCACGCUCUUCCUCUUCUUCUGUGCUCACCACUCCCCCACCCUCCAACCGCUCGGCCCCAUCUCCUCUGGACCUUUACCCCCGCCCGAUGGCCCCGACAGCACACAGCCUCCACAACGAACCCUCACAUUCCCAAAGAGACGGUAACGUCCCUUCUUCCUCUGCAGCAUCUGCCCCUGUCCCUUCUUUACCUCAGAACAAGAAGUCUGACCGGACCACGACACCCGUCUCCAAACCUCCCGUGCUCCUCCCGCCAGUUAAAGUCAAAGAGGAGCGGAAAGAGGAGCCGGAGCAUAUCCCCAUCACGCUGCCUCCCCCAGCACCCAACCACAGCUUUGAGCGCCCCAACAGCCUUCCACACCACCAUCGUUCUGGUACUCCUUCCUCCUCCUCUCUAUCACUGACUCCCACUUCUGGUGUUCCCCUCAUGUCGCACACUCCAAAUCCUCCUUCGCACCAACACCCACACCACCCACACCACCCACACCACCCACACCACCAACACCAACACCAUCAACAACAACAACAACACCAUCAACAACAACAACAACAACACCAACAGCACCAGCACCAACAGCACCAGCAGCACCAACAACUCCAACAACUCCAACAACUCCAACAUCAACACCAACAACAUCAACACCAACAACACCAACACCAACAACACCAACACCACCUCUCCCUGCUGGACCGCUCCAGGGCCAUUGAAGCGUAUCUGGGCAGCACAGGUGCUGCAGGUCUGGUGAUGGGUCCAGGAGGAGAACGUUUCCACCAUGCUCCAGGACAAGGGCCGUCGCAAGGUCCACACAGCUUCACCUGGGAUCCCUGGAGGGAGCUGGCGGCUCAGCAGCAACAUCAGCAUCGCAGGGAGGCUUUGGCACUUCGCUCAGACCCUCACCUCGCCCUGCGAUCCGACCCACAUCUGGCCCGUCUGCUCCAGCAUCAGCGCCUUCUGGAGGCAGAAAGGGCAGCUGCGGCAGCCAACCCUCACCACCCUCCGACGUCUACCUCUUCUGCCUCCGCCUCUGCUGUCCGCCAGGAGUUCGGCCUAAUGGCGCAUCACUUCGACCGCCCUCCUCACCUCGGACACCCAGGAGGAGGGCUGAUCGAUGAGGAUCAGCGUGCCCAGAUCCUGAGGGAAGACUUUGAGAGGGCUCGCUACUUUGGGAUGCACCCACACAUCCCCCCUGGGUCUCACCUCUCAGGCCCCUCUCAUGCUGCUACUGCCGCUCACCUGGAGCAGCUCCACUCCGGCCUUCUCUCCCACUCGCUCCCCCACGGAGCCUCUCCUGCUUCCCAGCACCACGCUGGCCUCUUUGCCCGUCUUGGUCAGCUGAACCAGCACCACGUGCCCAACGGUAUCCUGACAAAGACCCCUGCAGGCUUGGUGGGAGCUCUGGCGAUGGGGGCGCCGCCUCCGCUCAUUCCGUCCAUCACCAGCCGGUCGUCCACGCCUCCCCGUAGACUUGGAGGACCAGCUGAGCUGGCACUGUACAGCAUCCACAAAGACGGAGAGUCCAGAUAGUACAGGGACAACACUGGAGGAGAUUAAGGGAAAUGUCAGGAUCACUGUGCUGCUCUCAACCUGCCCCCUUUUCCUCUUGCAGACUACUAAACCCUCCCAGUUACACAACCAAACCAGCUCCAGUCUGCCCCCAAAAAAAUGGGAAACCACAGGUGCUUUUCAUUAUGCUAACAUUUUUCCUCGCUUCCCUUCGCGUCUUAGCUCCUCCCAGCAAGGAUGUGAGAGAGAGAGGGAGAGGGAGAGAGAGAGACACGAGGAGCCAAAGCUGCCAGACGAGAAAUGCUCGUCAGUUACUUAUGCUCCAAAAACUGUGUGCAACAUGUGGAGGUGUGGCAUUUAUAAGACACAGCACUUGAUAAAAGACUUCCGCGUAGGACCUGUUUCCUCAAUCUAAGCUCCUCCAGAAGCCUCUACACUUCUCCUCAAGGUGAAUAAGAGAUUGGAAGAUCUUCCAUGAUGGCGGAGGGGGGGCGAUUUUCAGGUCACAAGAGGAGAGAGGACUGGAGGAAGCAGAAAUUAGCGUAAUGAAAAGCACCCCAUGGCUGGCUGCAGGUGAUGGAAAGGAGGGAAAUGCAAGAGUCAUCAGUGUGACUUCUUGGAAAUAUGCGCAAUGGUUCUAUCAGUGCAAUUUAAAGGUACAUGGUUUCUGUGCAUCCUUAGUGUAUUUUUAUUUUAUACUGGCUGUUGGUUAUUACAGUCGUCAAUUUCAUAAGCUGUAGGAAGAGGCAGAGGACAGCUUUUCUUUCGUCAGGUGAUCCAUGCUUUUCAGUAAGCCUUUUUCCGGGGUGGAUUGGAAAUGACUUCCAUAGGGAUGUACACUGUGAAAACAUGUCAAGGGGUCAUCCUCAGCUUCUCAUGGGAUAUUAUUAUUAUUAUUAUUAUUAUUAUUAUUAUUAUUAUUAUUAUUAUAAAACCUUCUUCUACAUAAAUCAACACUGAUUAGGUAUUGUGGAUGAGGAUUUUUAGAAAGGUAAAAGGGGUGCUUUCUGUUCUGUCUUUGUUUGUUUUUUGGUCAUUUUGGAAAGACGAUUACUGAUGAGACCAUUUUUAAUGAUGAUCGGUAAGCAUAGCACCUCCUGCUUUACCCAAAAAUCUAACCCCUCAGCUCAAUUGACAAUGAGAUUCAACCUUCUUUUUUUGGCUUGUUUUUUUUGUUUUGUUUUCAAAGGAUGAAUGGCAAAAUGAACUGUGCUACACUGUGUGAUUGAACACAGUAUGUUAGAGCUUCCUGUAACUGUUUCCCACUCUCCUCUUGACUAUAUGAGCAGGACCAGAUUAUAGUAGUCUAGAGAAAUUGCCUUUGUAAUUAUUAUUCUUAACAUUAAUUAUCUUCUAUAAUAAUAAAUAUAUUCACUGUUAUGUUAUUUGUCUUUGUUUCGGGUAUCAACCAGUACUCUCUCCCCAGGUAGUUUCAAAUCAUACAGAAGACAAAAGGCUUGCGUCACAGAAAACUGUUUAAUGCUUGUGAACAUUGAGCCGUCUCCAUUUGCAUCCUCUGGCCUCUUCAAGGAUCUCAUCCACGACUUUAUUAUGCUGAGAGGGAGGUUUGCUUGUGUGUCAUUGGUUGUGUGUUAUAUCCAUUUUGGGACUAUGGGAGCCUUGUACAUUGAACUGUCGAGUUGUUUCAUCAAUAAAAAUAAGUUAUAUACAUGGAUAAGUGGGACAUCUGCUGAAGAACUGAAAAAAAAAAAUAUAAGGACUUGUCAGAUGACAACUAGACAGUGGGUAUCCUGAGAGGGAAAAGACUGGGUCGAUUAUUUUAAUAUGACCAUUUUAUACCUUUCAAACCCCUCCCCUAGAGACCACAAAGAUUAAUUAUUAAAUGAAUUGUUGUUUA